UGAACCCCAGACCAAGUCAUUGAGCGGCGGCCAUCGUCCGAGUCGUCAGACACGUUAUUCACAUGCUUGCGCCUUAUGUAAGCCAUUCGGGGAAGCGGCUACGUCCUACUGCACACCACCAUCCGAGCUGCCGGCAAGCCAAACUAGACACACACCGGCGAAAACUCCUCAGCUGUCCGUCCGCAGCCUUCAUUUCCGUUCAUACAAGACGGCUUUCUGCACCGGAAAGUAUGAUUUGCGUUCAUCCACGCUUUCGGCCGUCGCGCUUCUCCGAAGAUUCGAAACGUCACCCCCGUGGCUCCGGGAUCGUCUGUCCGAUUCCGCAUUGUCCAUUCCAUGGCUGAUUAGAUGCGCCACGAAUCGGGUCCGCUGUUGCCUUCCCAAUUCUUGCUCAGGUCUUCCUCGUACCUCUCGCAGUAAGCACUUUUACGUGAGCCCACAUUAGCUCUCCAACUUCGCCUCCGGCCGCAAAACAGUCGAUGUGGUCGGAUACGAUUAGGAUUACUUACAGUACACAGUACAUCUUUGUUCAGGAACAGCGUACUUAGUCCUCAAAGGAGCUAGCGGCACCGAAGUGGGACAUAAGCCACGGCGAAUCACAGCAGAUUCGUGCAUGAGCAGUGCCCGCCGCGGUCCUGGAAAUUCCAAUCAGCUUAAUUGGUCUGUUCGUUGUUGGAAGCACUCACUGCAUCGUGUAAAAUUCUACCAUGCUGAACUGGCCUGGGGGCUACCCAGCGUAGGGCUCGAGAUCGGUUGUGGUGCUGAUCUCGAGGAAGGCAGAGAGUCGUCUUCUUUUCUCCACUCGAUCUUCUCUACUCGAACUUCACCCUCUAUCAGCUGAUACACGUAUGUCACCAGGACAGGGCCUUGGAUAUCCAUCAACGCGAAGGAAGGAGUCGGGUCCCUACUCCUCGUCAACACUAUAACAUCAAGCAAAGAACAUGACCCCACCCAUUGAAAGAACCCGUCCAAGCACCCGUCGCGGAACCCGGAUUGACGAAGAACUUGUUAUCGUGCUCACGGGCUUGGAAUCUGGAAGGAAUCAACGCGUCAGGUGGACAGCACAGUUGACGCGUCGGGGCCACCUACGUGUGGCGGAAAGGGAGUCCAAGUCGCCCACGGGGACGCUCUGGUGACCGUGGAUGAGACCAAUUUUGAUCGGAGCGUGCACAACCGUAAUUGACGAUGGAAAGGCGGAACUCUGCCAAGAUCACAGUGUUAGAAUUUGGGACUGGAAUGAGCACCAAGAGCUCUCGCCUCGUCGUAAUCGCCCUUCACGACAUUCACAUCUGGCGCUAUAGUGCGCAGAUACUCGUAUGUCUCCUUGUCACAGACAUUUCCGGUGCACAGAAUCUGCUGUAUUUUGCCGGGAACAAGCAGCUUCUUGAAUUUCGCAGGAAGGUCGUGUAUGCGGUGAGGGAUGUGAAGGUCGCCAAUAAUGAGAACGAGGACCAUGGUCGCAGCACUGUGUAGUGACGAGCCGCAGCGCAGCCACAUCAAAUCAUUCUCAGUUUAUACCCAUCAUGAGCGCCGCGAAAUACUCCAAUCUUCCAGACAUCGAUACUGCUCAGGAUGUCUAUGAAACCGAAGACACGGUACCCUCUGCGACAAAUAAAGCCGAUGCUGGCAGUGACGAUGAAGCGGGGAACACGCGCUCGACAAUAAGAGGGACCCGCAGUGCCGAAGCCGCUGCGUCCAAAGACGAACUCGACAUGUCCAAUCUCAUGCAACACGAUGAAGCGAGCAAAAAGUUUAGAAAGGCCGAGCGACGACGAGAGCCUCGGACUUACUACGCAUAUCCUCCAUCACCAACGGAGUCUACAGGACCCUCUGAUACCACCAAGCCGCGAUCCGUUCCUUUGCCUGAACGACUACGCGCGUUGCAAGCCGAGUUGUCUGCACUGGAGACGGAGCUCGCUGACCCUACCAAUCCCCUACUUACAAAGGAUCAAGAAGCCGAAACUGUUGACGCGGGCGAACUGAUUCGUGGUCUGGUCGACGUGCGCGGUCGAUUAGACAAGAUACGGAAGAACAAGGAGGGUCGGGGUAAACUUGUUGGUGUCAUUCUGAAUGGGGAAGAAGAAACUAAAGGCGACUCUGGUGGUGACAAGAACACCUCUGCAGUCACCGUUGCCAACGAGGAGCCAGGCAAGCCCAACGUCCGUAGUAUCGUCGAAAUGGAUCGGCGAGUAGGAGACCUAGAGAAACUGAUUGGGACGUCAACUGCCGCACUGGAUGAGACCACGCCUCUUCCGCCACCUUUGUUGCCCCUCAUCACGCGUAUAAAUUCUCAGCUCACUCUCUUGACGCAACCACGACAUAUCGAUGCGAUAUCUCGGCGACUGAAGCUCCUACUCUCAGACCUGGAUCGCGCGUCUGCCUCUCAACACGCGCACCGUCGUCACCCUUCACAAUCGAACGGUGCACCUCCAGCUCCCCAGAUUCAGGAACAGAUCCUGCCGCUGCUUGCUCGUCUUGGGCCGUCGCUUCCCCAUAUCCCGCAUAUAUUGACGAGGCUACGGACUUUGUCUGCACUGCACACUUCGGCAAGUCAAUUUCAGAGCACCUUAGAUGGUUUGGAAGAGGAUCAACGGAAGAUGCGAGAAACUUUGGGUGAACUGGACAACGCUUUGAAAACUAUCGAGAAGAGUCUGGAAGAUAAUCGAGGCGUUGUUCAAGGUAAUGUGACUGGUCUGGAAGGGAGGGUCGACAAGCUGUUGCAGAGAGUGGACGAGUUAUCUCAUCCUUCAUCUUAGUGACGACCAGUGUCUUAUUUUUCCGCCUAAUACUUAUUGUCGGAAAGGACAUUCACUCCAGUACAUCGUCGUCGAAGAUGGCUGUGAGAGGCACUCCGUCUUCUCGGAUGACCCCGCGAUACAUCCCGGGACAGUUCAGUGGCAUAGCCACGUUCCCGAGACUGUCUAGAGCAAUCACCCCUCCAAUUCCGCCAUGGUGCCGCAGUUCUUCGACUGCAUGAGUCGCUGCUUUCUCCAACGGCUCGCCGAGGAAUUUGAUGCGGUGUGCGAUGGUAGCAGCCGUGGCACAGCGGAUGAAGUA